UGAGCCCUGACCUACUCUCUGUCUUCAGGUGGAUUCCCAGGCUGUCCGCAGAAGGCCGGAAGGGGGUGGGGUCUGGAACCAAAGGGCUGGACAUUAUGAAGUGAGAGGCCGCCAGUGAAUCGCAGCGGUCCCACCUGGGAACGAGAGAGCAUUAGGCAGGGUGAUGGCUUCGAAGUCCUCCAGGCCGCGGAAGGGAGCUGGCAGGGGUGCUGACUCAAGCAAACGGGGUACGGGUACCACGGGUACCUGGACUUCCAGGACCCGGCAUCCCACGCCGGAGCCCGAGCCCCAGGAGGCGCUGGAGCUGAGCGGUCUGCCCCCGGAGCUGCUCCUGCUGGUGCUGAGCUAUGUGCCCCCGCGCACGCUGCUGAAACGCUGCCGCCGGGUGUGCCGCGCCUGGCGCGCCAUGGUGGACGGCCAGGCCCUGUGGCUGCUGCUGCUAGCUCGGGACCGCAGCGCCACCGGCCGCGCCCUGGUGACCCUGACCCGCCGCUGCCUGCCCCGGGCCCACGAAGAAGUGCCCUGCCCGCUGGGCCGGUUCUGCGCACGGCAACCCCUGGGGCGCAACCUCAUCCGCAACCCCUGUGGCCAAGAAGGCCUACAGAAGUGGGUGGUGAAGCACGGUGGGGACGGCUGGGCGGUGGAGAACAACCGGAGGCCCGUGCCAGGGGCCCCCGCACAGACCUGCUUUGUGACUUCCUUCAGAUGGUGUCGCAAGAAGCAAGUCGUGGACCUGCAGGAGAAUGGGCUGUGGCCAGGGCUGCUGGACAGCGGAGGUGUGGAGAUCGUUGUGUCUGACUGGUGGGGAGCCUGCCACGACUGUGGCUGUAAGUACCGACUCCUUGUCAAGCUUCUUGAUGCUCACCACAACGUCAUCGAUAAGUUCUCGGCUACGCCGGAACCCAUAGAACGAUGGAACAAUGAUACGUACCAUCAGGUCACCCACGUCUUCUCCAACAUCAGGAGGGGCGUCCGUUUUGUGUCUUUUGAACACCGGGGCCAAGACACACAGUUCUGGGCUGGCCACUAUGGGGCCAGAGUGACCAACUCCAGUGUGAUCGUGAGAGUCCGUCAGUCCUAGUCAAGGGCCACCAUUUUGGGCGAGACAACCCAACCGUGCCUUCCAGGAGCUGGGGCUGUCGGCUGG